AUGGAAGCCCUUCUUCUUAGCCUGUCGCUGGCAACUUCUCUCGUGGCAGCCAGUUGGCCCAACCCUGGGCCAUGUACCGGCAACUGUAUCGGCAUUGAUCCGGCAGCCAUCCGGCGUAGCGACGGGCAAUACCUUCGUUUCAACACGUUCGGAAAGAUCCAAUACUACAAGGCGCCGUCGUUGGCAGGGCCUUGGACUUCCCAAGGUGCAGCCAUCCCGGCCGGCUCGGCCCCUGAUGUGAGAAAGGUCGGACACCGAUAUAUUUUGUAUUAUUCUGUAUCCAUGCCCAACUCACAGAACAGCGCCAUUGGCUACGCGACUUCGUACACCAUGGAAAAAGGCACGUGGACCGAUCAUGGCGCCGUCGGUAUCUCGACCAUGCCGGGCAGUAAUCGCAACGCGAUUGACUCGGCACUGUUUCUGGACCCAUCCAGUGGCACCUACUACAUGUCCUUUGGCUCGUACUGGACGGGCAUCUGGGUGGUCCCCAUGAACGCGGCGGCGACACAAGUCGCCAAGAACGCCGUCUACACAAACAUUGCCCGCCAGCCCAACGGAAAUGGAGCCUUUGAGGGCAGCUUUCUCGUCUUUCGCGGAGGGUACUACUAUCUCUUCUUUAGCGCGGGCGACAGCGGCGACUUUGACCCCGACAACCUGCCGCCGGCGGGUCAAGAGUACAAGAUCAAAGUCUGUCGCAGCAAGUCCGUGACGGGGCCAUAUGUCGGUCCCGUCGGCGGCAGCUGCCUCAAUGGCAACGGUCUAGUACUCUUGGGUAGCCAUGGUGAUGUAUACGCGCCAGGAGGACAAGGCAUCUUUGAUGACCCCAAGCUGGGCACAGUCAUUUACUAUCAUUAUGGUAAGUAG